AUGGUAGAGUUGUUGCCUAGAUGUGACAAGUAUGGAAACAUGGCUGAAGUCCUGGAAGCUCAUAGAGAGAAUGACCAUGGAAAGAGUGACAAGAGAAGGGUAGAUCGGGAAGACAAUGGUGAACGCAUUGUCCAAAGGAAAAAAGAUGAGAAAGGUGAAUGGACUGAGGAGGAGGACGAGAUUAUAAUUAAAGCUCUUGUUGAAUUAGGAAAUAAAUGGGUAGAAAUUGCAAAGAAGCUGAAAGGGAGGACUGAAAAUUCCUUAAAGAACCACUGGAAUGCAGUCAAAAGAAAGCUAUUAUCAAGACAAGGAUUCCAAAGCUCAAAACAUCAAAAGUCAAGUUCUCUCCUGCAAAGUUACAUCAAAAGCUUGAUUAAAACUUCAAACAUAAAAGAUAUUGAAAGCAAUGCAUGCAACGAUGCCAACAUGCAGACUCUUAAUGAUAUGAUUGGACCAUCAACUCAGCUUGCAGAUAGUGUUGAAUUUUUUGCAGGUGAUGGCUUAGUUCCCAAUUAA